UGUGCAGAAAAGAUGCUGCAGCAGCUGAUCUGAAGUCUGCGUCUUUAACACGUCUCACCGAUCACCUGAGAGACUCUCAGCCCCUCCCCUCCCUGCUCUCUCUCUCUCUCUCUCCCUCGCUCUCCCACUCUUUCUCCAUGGAUGUAAUCUGUGACUUGACAACAGGUAUUUGUGAAGUCCCAGACGAAGUAAUCCGUCCAGUCCUCAACGAGCUGCUAACAGGAGAGUCAGAGCAGAGCUGCUGCUGCGCACAGUCUCCAGAAAUCUGUGUUAAAACGUCUGCAGUCAUGGGGCGUCAAGAGGCCGACAACGUGUGGAAGAAGGACACGGAGAACAUCCAGGACGUUUUUGAGGUCAUGGAUGAGCUGGGAUCGGGGGCGUUCUCUGAGGUGUACAUGGUGAAGGAGAAGAAGACGGGGAAGAUGUUCGCCAUGAAGUGUGUGAAGAAGAAACAGAAGAGGGACCUCAACCUGGAGAACGAGAUCACCGUGCUCAGAAGAAUCCAACACGACAAUGUGGUGGGCAUGGAGGACUUCUAUGAAAGUCGGACACACUACUACCUCGUCAUGCAGCUUGUUUCAGGCGGCGAGCUCUUUGAUCGUAUUCUGGACCGGGGGAUGUACUCGGAGAAAGACGCCAGCAGUGUGAUCCAGCAGGUGCUGCAGGCCGUCAGCUACCUGCACCAGAACGGCAUCGUGCACCGUGACCUCAAGCCUGAGAACAUUUUGUACUUCAGCCAAGAGGAACACUCCAAGAUCAUGAUCAGUGACUUCGGCCUCUCAAAGAUGGUGGACAAUGACAUCAUGUCGACAGCUUGUGGCACCCCGGGUUAUGUAGCCCCUGAAGUUUUGGCACAGAAACCCUACAGCAAGGCAGUGGACUGCUGGUCUAUUGGCGUCAUCACAUACAUCCUACUCUGUGGAUAUCCUCCUUUUUAUGAAGAAAGUGAAACAAGGCUGUUCUCCAAGAUCAUGAAGGCGCAGUACGAGUUUGACGCACCGUUCUGGGACAACAUCUCUGACUCUGCUAAAGAUUUCAUCCGUAACAUGAUGCAGAAGAAUCCCAGCAUGCGAUACUCCACUGAACAGGCGCUCAGGCAUCCGUGGAUUAUCGGAAAGACGGCGCGGAGCCAGGACAUCUACUACUCUGUCAGCGUUCAGAUCCAAAAGAACUUCGCCAAGUCCAAGUGGAAGCAAGCCUUUAACGCCACCGUUGCCAUCAACCACAUGAAGAAGCUGCAGCUGGCUCACUCCGAGCUCGUCCUGAGGCAGGCCAGCAUCCCCGACAUCAAGGUGGUCGACGUGUCGUCUCCUGUGAGGAACCGCAAAAAUCCCGAUCCAGACCGACUCAACCCCAGGUUGGUGGAGGGGAAGGCGAAACCCCCCGGGAAGAAUCAGAUGUGUCUGCCCACGACCAGCAUCGAACCUAAAAGUCAUUACCACACGCUGAAGACCACUCAGAGUCAUGUCGUCCCGCACCACGCCCCAACUAUCGGCGAGCAGGGGAAGCACGUCUACCACUCAGAGCCCGCCAACCUCAACGGGUACGGGAAAACGCGUAACGGAAAGACUCUGCAGACGGGAGUUUGCUCGGUCAUGUGAAAGCUGCACAAAGUUUACCUGCAGGAAAGCAUUUUACUUGGUCAGUGUUGCCGUGUUGACUCAGCGUGCAGCUGUUUUGUGUCAGCGGGUCCCCGUGGUUCCGAGAAUGGAGCGAAGUUGUUUAUCCUCUGAUGGACCCCAACGUGGUCUGGGAGGUGCACUUCAGUCAGUGGGACAUUUUUUAUUUUCUGGAAAGAGUGCCUAUGAAGCUUCCCGACACACACACACACACACACACACACACACACACACUCUAUUGAACUCAGACACACCGGGUAGGCUUCAGUUGGACCAGAGGGUUCAGACAGUAUUGAAGAGAUUGUCUCUUUUUUUUAAAAAAAGGUGGAGUGAAGGUCUCACCUGCUGCAGGGCUCCACCUGAACGUCCAGCUCGUUCACGGUGCACCAGGCCCGCUUCUUUAACGUAGAAGAAAAAAGGAUUUAUAUCGUGAUUCCUGGCUUCGGAUCGUGGAGAGAUUAAUUCCCAAAUAACUGUAAUCUUUCAUGUUUGAAAUAUUAACAUUUAUCUGGCUGGUGAUUUGAAGUGCAAUAGAAUGAACUCACUGAGAACUGCAUGCUUACUGCUUCAGAUAAGCUAUACUCGUAUAAUGUGUUCCUAUAAAGUCGUCUCUUGAUUGUAUCACAUUUUAUGUUUUUAUUUAUUCAUUUUUUUAUAAGCUUAAUUGCUUCUUGGAGAGAUAAGAAGAAUUGUACAGACAUGAGUUAAACAUAAUGUGAAGCCAACUCAUCAUCAUUAUCAGAGUGAAUGCCACAAGCACAUCGAGAACUUGCCAACUCGACGUGUCAGCAAUGUGCUAGAAUAGACACGUUUAUGUUCACUGUCGUCGAUGUGUUGUCCACUUACUGUGUGUGGGUCAUUAUGUACAGUGUGCUUUAUGUCUCUUCUGCUGCAUGUGGCUCUGCGUUGAUGCAUUCAUCAGAUUUUGAUUUAUUUCUUAUGAUGUAUAUACACACACACACACACACACACUGUGCAUAUGUGUGCUCGUGAAUAAAGCAUGUACAGAAUCUG